AUUUUUCAUUCAACUCGUUUAGAAGAAAUAUUUAAGAAAUCCGCCGCUACAAUGAUAUCGCGUACUCAUGCCUUACUCUGACGUUUUCGCUUUCUUGGUAUGACAACAAAGAUUUGAACAGUUUUCUCAGUUUUUUUUUUUUUUACAAAAGAUGUAUACUAAGGAAACCGGAUGCUUUAAAUGGCUUUCAGACAUGCGGACAAGGCGCGGAUUCAUAAGUGUUGAGAUAAACACCAGAUACACAGUCCUGAAACUGCCCACAUAUGCAUUUACAGUGUCGCGAUUAGGGAGUGGAUCGUUAUCUGUUUGACCAAUUGAACCGAUCAAAGUGCAAACAAGAGAAACGCCAGUCUUCUGUUAGCGAAGGUGAGGACGUGGAUUAAGUUGCCUUAAGGAUCGUCAAAAUUGGGUAUUUAAUGGGCCAACAUAACGUUCCUAAGAUAAAAGGGAAGGGGCAGAAGUCUCACUGGAAGGAGUUUAUCGAGGAUAUAAGUGUUUUACAAUGGGUGCUUUCAUUUCUGUUUUUGGGAGUGUCCUGUCUAUUAUUGAUGGUCUACUUGAUGUUCACCUCUCUGUGGCCCUUCCCCACUCUCUACUUCACCUGGCAGAUCUACGAUUGGUACACACCUGAAAGAGGUGGCAGACAAACAAAGUUUGUGAGAGGCUGGGAAGUAUGGAGACGCUUCCGAGACUACUUCCCUGUGAAGCUUGUGAAGACUGCUGAGCUGAGUCCCAGCAAGAACUAUAUUCUGGGCUGCCAUCCCCAUGGUAUCAUGUGUGUGGGAGCCUUCUCAUGUUUCAGUACAGACUGUAGUGGAUUCACUGAGACUUUUCCUGGAGUGCGCAACACUCUUGCAAUCUUGGCCGGACUUUUCCGCCUUCCCCUCUUCAGAGAAUAUAUUUUGUGUGCAGGUCUGUUGCCUGUCAGUAAGAAGAGUUUAGAUUAUGUGCUGAGCCAUACUGGUGUGGGUAAUGCUUUGGUCAUCAUCAUUGGAGGGGCAGAGGAAUCACUUGCCUCGUCUCCUGGAGUAAAUACCGUAGUCAUGAGACAGAGGAAAGGCUUUGUACGACUGGCCCUUGAACAUGGGGCUGACCUGGUUCCUGUGUACUCUUUCGGUGAGAAUGAGCUGUUCCAGCAGGUGGUUCUACCUGAGGGCAGUGUGGGUCGACGGCUGCAGGCUCUUUUUAAACAGGUUAUGGGUUUUGCUCCAUGUCUCUUCACUGGGGGACGCUGGCUUCUUCUGCCCUACAGGAGUCCUGUCACCACUGUGGUGGGCCAUCCCAUUACCGUGCCACAGGUUCGCAGUCCAUCUCAGGAACAGGUGGAUUAUUACCACCGUUUAUACAUGGAGGCUCUGUCUAAACUUUUCCACACACAUAAGACCAGCUGCGGACUGGCGGACACACAUGAGCUACGCAUCAUCUAGAAGUAUUGGGGCCACAUAACGUUAUUUACACAGAAACACAUGCUCUGCUUCAGCCUGAAAUAUUUCAUGUGGGAGGGAUAUGUGAAAUUACUAUGAUGUUUCCAUGUGAAUGUUUUUAGCUUUUUUUGGCUCUUAAAGUAAUGUUCAAAGCACAAUAUCGGCCAAGGCCAUUGCACAAAUUAAUUAAUGUGAUUUGGGUUCUAAACCAGAAUGAAGCUCUAUUUAUAUUAAUCUACAUCUGUGCCUUUUAGCACAAAAACUUAAGUCAUUCAGGAAGUGAAAAUAUUUGCUCACCUCUAGCAGAGAUCUGUUAUAAAGUUUUUCCUGCUGAACAUCUGUAAAACUUGAUAUGUUAAGGCUAAUUGUGAAGAUAAGUGAUUGUGCCUUUCCAGUUCAGUUUCAUGAUAUUUGAUCUCUUUUAUUUAAAAGGUUUUAGAUAAGGGUAACAAUUCAGAGGCAUUUAUGUACCAUGUCUUUUAAGUGGGAUAACUCUAUUUAGACACAAUAGGCCUUGGAAUUGACAAAGGCAUUUAUUUUAUUCAGACAUUUUACAACAAGAUAAACAAAUGUACAGAUUUACAUUUAUUUACAAAAAAAAAGAAAA